AACUUGGGUGUGAAGAACAAGAGCGCUGUACAACCUGAGCCUGAAUACUGAUAUUAGAGGUCUGGACCCUAUCCUAUUUGUGAGAGAGACCAGGUGCAGCAGUCACCAUGGGCUUUGCCGUUUGUGUGUGUGUGCUAUCCGCAGUGAUGCUGAUGAUGGGUGAAUUGUCAGUGGCACAAGGUGAAUUGUCAGUGGCACAAGCUGUAUUCUACCCCUAUGGACACGGAGACGUAGUGAAUGGUCGUGUGGAUGAUGGGAGUUCCUCUGUGAUCAGCCUGCUUCGACCAUUCAAGUUCUUUGGAGCUACAUACCAACAGAUGUUUGUGAAUAACAAUGGCCACCUCACCUUUGACAGUGCCUGGUACAGUUACAUCCCUUUCCAGUUCCCUGCACAUGGGCACAGAGAUCUUAUUGCCCCAUUCUGGACCGACCUUAACAACGAAGACAACGGCAACAUAUCCUACCGGCAGUACACCAGUGGCAGUGUUCUACAGCAAGCCACUACAGACAUUAACCAGUACUUCCCUGGGCUGAACUUCUCAACCUCCUGGGUCUUUGUUGCAACAUGGGACAGAGUGGCAUACUUUUCCAAUGCAGGAGCAGAAACAUCAUUCCAAGUGGUUCUGAUCUCUGGUGGUCAAUACACUUUUGUCCUGAUGAACUAUGGUGCCAUUGCCUCAACCAAUAAUGUGCAGGCUGGCUACGACACAAUCAACUCUACUCAUCAUUUUUCAAUUCCUAUAUCUUUCGGGAACUUCACAAAUUUCAUACUCUUAAGCAACGUUAACAUACCAGGUCGCUGGGCCUUCAGAACAGAUCAUGUUUCACGGGACUGUCAAUACAAUGGCUCAUCUGUGCAGGUAGGGGACUCUUUCUGGAGAGAUGCCACCUGUCAGCAGAGAUGCACCUGCGUCAGUGGAGGCCUCCUCCAGUGCCAGCAGCAGCCCUGCAGCUACUCCCAGGCGUGUCGUCCAGCAUCCUUCCAGUACUCCUGCCAGAAUAUUCAGCGCCGCACCUGCACCAUCUCUGGAGACCCCCACUACUACACCUUUGACGGGAAAGUCUUUCACUUCCAGGGAACCUGCACAUACGUCCUCUCAGAGGCUUGUGGCAAUGGACUGCCGUACUACCGGAUUGAAGGGAAGAAUGAACAUCGGGGCAGCACACAUGUGUCUUGGACCCGUCUUGUAAGAGUGUGGGUUUAUGAUGAGGAAAUUGAACUUGUCAAAGACCAUCAUUACCAAGCAAUGGUGAAUGGUAGCUUUGUGACAACCCCAUUUACCCUCCGAAAUGGGUCCAUCCGAGUCUACCAAUCAGGUUUCUCUGUGGCUGUCAGUACAGACUUUGGCCUGCUGGUCACCUACGAUGCCAAUCACUAUGUCAGAAUCUCAGUACCCUAUGAGUACCAGAAUGCAACCUGUGGCCUGUGUGGCAACUUCAACCACCACCCUCAAGAUGACUUCCGAACCCACGGUGGGCAGCUUGUGAGCUCAGACGUGGAGUUUGCUAACAGCUGGAAGGCAGAAGGGGACACUGACCCUGGCUGCCAGGACGUGCGAUGUGCAGGACUUGCUUGUGCUUCCUGUACCCAUAGCCAAAGGACUCUUUAUGGAAACACGGCCCACUGUGGUAUCUUAAGCAACAGUGCCGGUCCAUUUGCCUCCUGUCACUCAAGGCUGUCUCCACAGACCUUCGUAGAAAACUGUGUGUAUGAUCUGUGUGUGGGUGAUGGCUACCAGCCCAUUCUCUGCCAAGCACUCAAUGUGUACGCUGCCCAGUGCCAACAAGAGGGCAUCCAGUUGGGCCAGUGGAGAAGCCAGGGAUUCUGUGAAAUCCCCUGUCCUGCCAACAGUCAUUUUGAAUCACAAGGAACUGGAUGCCCUGCAACCUGCAGCAACCCCAACGCCCCCCAGAAUUGCCCUCUGCCCAGCCAGGAGAGCUGCAUCUGCAAUGCUGGCUAUGUCCUAAGCGGUGGGGAAUGCGUUCGGCAGAGUGACUGUGGCUGCACCUUUGAGGGGCGGUACUACACAGCUGGGGAGACAGUGGUGCUAGACCAGGACUGUGGGAGACGUUGCAACUGUACUCAAGGGUCAAUGAUCUGCCAGGCACACAGCUGCAGUGAGCUUGAGGUGUGUGGGGUCCACGGUGGGGUGCGGGGUUGCAGACCUGUCAGCUACUCCACCUGCUGGGUGGAGAGCUUUGGGUCCUACCGCACUUUUGAUGGACAGACCUUCCACUACCCAGGUGCCUGUAGUCUGACGCUGGCUAGGGUCAGGGGACAAUCUGAAUUACCUCACUUUCAAGUAACUGUUGAGAAAGUUCCCACAGGCCCAAGAGAUUUUGACAGACAUCUGAAGUUUGAAGCAGAAGGAACACAAGUCUCGGUGGAGAUGGGAGAGGGAGCCACAACUAAGGUGGAUGGGCAAACAGUGGGCCUUCCGUUCAGCGUCAGCCCCGGUCAUAUUAGCAUCUACCACAGCAGUGUAAAGGGUGUUGUCAUAGAGACCAACUUUGGAGUGCUGGUGAGAGCUGACUGGCCACAUGUCAUCCGUAUCACUGCUCCAGGCAACUACAACGGCACUCUGGGAGGCCUGUGUGGAAAUCUGAAUGGGGACCUUCAUGAUGACUUCCUCUCCCCCACUGGAAUUCCCCUCAACGACUCUCAGCAGUUUGGGGACAGCUGGAGAGAUGGCUCCCUGUCAGCACACUGUGUAGAACCUCAGGUAUGGGAACCUGGACACUACCAGAACACCAGCCAGUUCAGGGAGCUCUGUGGCAUUAUGGGAUGGGGACAUGGGCCUUUUGGCCAGUGCCAAGCAAGUCUUGACCCCUGGAGCCGAAUUGAAGACUGUGUCCAGACUCUAGUGAGGACCCAAGGUGCUCGAGAGGGACUGUGUGAGGCACUGCGUGGCUACUCCCUGCUUUGCCAACAGAGUGGCAUCACAGUAGGGGAAUGGAGGAACAUCACUAACUGUGAGGCAACUUGCCCAACUAACAGCCAUUAUGAGCUAUGUGGUACGUCCUGUCCAGCUUCCUGCCCAAGCCUGUCUUUCCCCUUCCUGUGUACCCAGCAGUGCCAGGAGGGGUGCCAGUGUAAUGACGGGUUCCUCCUGAGUGGGGAUCGCUGUGUGCCACCCACAGGUUGUGGCUGCCACCACGGUGGGCGUUACAGACAGAGUGGAGAGCGCUACUGGUACGGCGAGGAGUGCCAGUUCCUGUGCCAGUGUAAUGGCAUUACUGGGCAGUCGCAUUGCACCACCUCUUCUUGUAGUGCUCAGGAGUCUUGUCGAAUUGUGGAAGGACAGUAUGGCUGCCAUCCCAAACCUGAGGCCACCUGCUCGGCCUCUGGAGACCCACACUACACCUCCUUUGACAGACGCACCUUUGACUUCCAGGGCACUUGUCGUUACGUCCUGGCAUCAGUGUGCAAUGGAACACAAAGUGAAUCUGUCACAUGGGUGAUUACAGAUAAGUAAGCCCAGUGGUAUCACCUCUAUCUGUUUUGUAUAUAAGCCCUUUCAAGUGAAAUUGGUAAAACAAGUUACAUAAAUGUCUGUCACAAAAAAACCUUCUGACUUCAGGUGAAUGGGGAGACAAGAAACUUGCCGAUCGUUCUUGAUCAGGGAAGAGUGUCAGUGUAUGCCAACGGGCUUCACACAUUUGUGAAAACAGACUUUGGUCUAACUGUCAGUUAUGACGGCCGGUGGGUGUUGGACAUCACAGUACCAUCCAACUACAGUGGAGCUACAUGCGGCUUGUGUGGCAACUUCAACGGUUUCCAGGGUGAUGACUUUACGGUCCAUAACGGCAGUUCAGGCUCUGUUGCCCUCUCUGUCUCUGAGUUUGGAGACUACUGGAAGGUUGAUGACGGCAUUCCCUGUACUGGAGGAUGUGGAAACUCCUGCCCAGUGUGCCAAGAUGACUGGACAGCCCGUGCCAUGUGUGAGCUACUCAGAGCUAGCAAUGGACCACUGAGCUUCUGCCAUUCCCAUGUGGACCCCCAGCCAUUCUUCAACGACUGUGUCUUUGACGUGUGCUUGUCUGGUGACAGAAGCGAAGUCCUCUGCCGUGCAAUGGAAGCAUAUGUCAGCGCAUGCCAAGAGAAAAAUGUCAUUGUCUACCCCUGGAGACAGAACUCCACCUGCCAAAUGGAGUGUCCAGAAAACAGCCACUACGAUCUGUGUGGCACAGAGUGUGGGCACACCUGUGCCAGCAGCAUUGAUGCCAGCUGUGACAGGACGUGUGCUGAGGGCUGUUUCUGCAAUGAUGGAUUUGUGAGGAGCGGGGGGCGCUGUGUGCCUGUGGAGCAGUGUGGCUGUCUUUAUGAUGGCUUCUACUUUGAUAUCGGAGAACAGUUCUGGACACAGGACUGUUCACAGCGCUGUGAGUGUUUUGCCCCCAAUGACCUUCGCUGUAUCCAGUCCUCUUCCCCAAGUCAGGAAUGCUCUGUCAAAGAUGGCCACCGGGGUUGCUAUGGUCGCCUGUCAGCCUGCACGGUCUGGGGAGACCCCCACUACUUCACCUUUGAUGGGGCUGUGGCUCACUUUCAGGGCACCUGUGCUUAUGAGAUUGCCCACACCUGUGGCAACAUGAGUGAUGAUGCCUUGACCUUCCGCGUAGUAGCCGCUAACAGUCACCGUGGCAACUUAAUUGUGUCUUUUGUGUCCACUGUGGAUGUGUGGCUCUCUCGGGGAGGAGUUCAAAGUCACAUCACCAUUGGACAGAACAGGAGAGUCAAGGUUGAUGGUCAAGAUAACAAUGCAAACAGCAUUCAGGUUGGCUCGCUGGUGCAAUUGACUCGAGAGUCUGGAUUUGUGGUUGUGAAUGCCUCAGGGGAGAUGGUGGUCCAGUUUGAUGGUCGUAGUAGACUUCUAGUCAGACUAAGUCCAGAUUAUCACCGAUCUGUGUGUGGAAUGUGUGGUAAUCACAAUGGCAACCCAGCAGACGACAAAGUUCUGCCCAAUGGCACUCUGGCCCAGACUGACAGGGAAUUCGGUCAAAGUUGGAAAUCAGAUGCAAGCAAUCCUGGAUGCGGAGCAAGUGACCAAAUUGGAGACGACACGUGUGUAUUUGAAGCAGAAUACACAGAUCUGUGCAGCAUCAUCACCAACAGCAGUGGCCCAUUCCAGCAGUGCCACCUGCAUGUUGACCCACAGGCGUACUUCACUUCCUGUGUGUACGAUCUCUGUGCCUACACACCAGCCAAUGGCAUGCUGUGCUCAGCAGUGGAGGCCUAUGAGACAGCUUGCAAUGUGCUGGGGCACCAAACACCAGAAUGGCGUUCUGCACUGCAUUGCUCUGCAGUUGACCCUUGUGAAGAGCUGGACUGCACUGAGGAUGAAUGGUGUGGCCAGAAGGAUGGAGUCUACGGCUGCUUCUGCAAUGAGGAUCACCCGAGACCUCAACCUGAGCGCUAUGACUCUGUUGAGUUCUGUUCCAGCAGCACAGGCACCAUGUCUUUGUCUCGCUGCCAGCUGUUUGAGGCAGGCUUCUUGUCUGACACCCUCCGCCUCAACGACCCCAGCUGCAACGGCACACUCCAAGAUGGCAGAGUGGAGUUCCUCUUCGACAAUGACAACCACGUUUGUGGAACCUCGCUAAGGAGCAACAGCACCCACUUCAUCUAUGAGAACUCCAUCCAUGGGGAGGCCAACUCAGCCAGCGGUCCCAUCAGCAGAGAGAGACGGAUAAACCUGCUCUUCUGCUGUGUCUACCCCCUCACACAGACCCUCUCCAUGAACAUAGAAAUCAAUCCAUUGGAGAGCCGUAUCACUAAGAAGCUACCAGGAGGGGAAGGAAGCUACCAUGUCCGUAUGAUUCCCUAUGAAGAUGCAGGAUUCUCCCAUGCGUUCUCUGGGAGGGUGAAUGUGGUGGUGAACCAGCAGAUAUAUGUGGCUGUCCAAGUGGAAGGACUGGACAGCCGACAGAUCGCCACGGUGAUUGACUCGUGCUGGGCCACUCCUAUCAAUCAGCCAGACUACCACAUCCGAUGGGACCUCAUCAAAAACGAGUGUGCUAACCCCAAUGACAAUACAGUGGAGCUGGUGGAGAAUGGGGUCAGUACAACAGGCCGAUUCUCCUUCAAGAUGUUCACCUUCAAUGCAAACUCCUCCAAGGUUUACCUGCACUGCAGCAUCCACCUGUGCUUGGUGGCAAACAAUGACUGCACAGCCCACUGUUACCCAGGUUACCAUCAGAGGCAUCGACGUUCUGUUGAUUUCCAUGACAGCGCCUCCAUCUCACUGGGGCCUCUGGUUUUGGCCAAUGGCAAUGAAGAGGGGAGAAACAUGUUUGUCCCACAGCCUGUGAGGGGUGUCUAAGGCCUCGGAUCUGACCGCAUCUCUGAUGGUCCUGCUCCUCUCUGUUCUCCCUCUCAGGGCUCUGCUCAUCUAACACACACAACACAACACAACACAACACACAGCACAGCU